UCGAGGCACGAUGUCGUCUUUGAAAUGGGAGAAAAUCGAAGAUCCGCGAAUAAAUUGUCGGAUUGAUGCGCAUUGGAAUAAUUUGCAUUACAAACAGAGCUUAAAAGGGGGAGAAAAGGAAGAAAAUCGAUGUUGUGUCCUUUCAGCGAGGUAUAAAGCCUACAUGGAUUUGGUUAAAAAUUACGAAGUACGAGAGGAUGACAUCUGGAUUUGCACGUAUCCGAAGUCAGGAACGACUUGGACUCAGGAAAUGGUUUGGGCGAUUAAUAAUGGAUGCGAUUUGGAGACGGCGAAGAAACUUCCGUUGAGUAGUCGAUCGCCGACGUUGAGGAAAAUAAUUUCAAUUCAAGCGGGAAUUGACGACCCAGCUGACGUUUUUGUCUCAAUGGAUCCCUUGAAUCAAGUAAAGCCGCCAUAUCACAUUAAAAAUCAUUUGCCAGCUGGAUUGUUGCCUGAUAAAUUAUGGACUGUCAAGCCAAAAAUCAUCUACGUUGCUCGUCAUCCAAAAGAUGCUGCAAUUUCUUUCUAUCAUUAUUAUCGGAUGGUUUAUCAGUACGAAGGCACAAAAGAUGACUUUCUUUCGUUAUUUUUGGAAGGUUUAACGGAAUUUGGUCAACAAACUACCCAUCUUUAUGAUUUUUGGCGGAUGAGAAAUGAACCGAAUAUUUUAUUUUUGACUUAUGAAGACAUGAAAAAGGAUUUAACGGCAGUUUUGAAGCAAGUUGCGAAUUUUUUGGACAAAGAAUUGAGUGAAAAGCAAAUUGAGGAGUUGAAGAAACAUUUGCAUAUUGAUUCGAUGAGGGAGAAUACGGUUGUUUUUAAUGUUAAAAAUAAUGCGGAGUUGGCAGAGAAGUUGAAAACAGCUCAUAAAGAUUUCUUCAGAAGAGGCGAAGCUGGCUCCCACAAAGACGAAAUGUCGGAAGAAAUGUCCAAAAAAUUCGAUGCUCUUAUCAAACGUGAACUCACUGAUAAGGGAUGCAAUUUAUACAAACCUGAACAAUAAACAGCUGCGUCAUCGUUAUUCUCAAACAAUUUAUUUUGCAAAAUAUUAAAGAAGUUUAUUUGUUUAGUGAUAA